CCCGCCUCCCCCGUCCUGCCCUCCUCCUCCUGCUCUCGCAGGCUCCUUGGCACCCAGGCUGGGAAGCGACGCUCCCAGCCGUCUAAGCGGGAACAGCUCUGGCUGAGGGAGCUGCAGCGCAGCUGAGGAUCUGACGGCCUCAGGUUGCGUAGGUGCGGCACAAGGAGUUUCCGCCGCAGCAAGGAGGUCCUGAGCAGCAUGGCCCGGAGGAGCGCCUUCGCUGCCGCCGCUUUCUGGCUCUGGAGCAUCCUCCUGUGCCUGCUGGCACUGCGGGCGGAGGCCGGGCAGCCGCGGGAGGAGAGCCUGUACCUGUGGAUCGAUGCUCACCAGGCGAGAGUACUCAUAGGAUUUGAAGAAGAUAUCCUGAUUGUUUCAGAGGGGAAAAUGGCACCUUUUACACAUGAUUUCAGAAAAGCGCAACAGAGAAUGCCAGCUAUUCCUGUCAAUAUCCAUUCCAUGAAUUUUACCUGGCAAGCUGCAGGGCAGGCAGAAUACUUCUAUGAAUUCCUGUCCUUGCGCUCCCUGGAUAAAGGCAUCAUGGCAGAUCCAACCGUCAAUGUCCCUCUGCUGGGAACAGUGCCUCACAAGGCAUCAGUUGUUCAAGUUGGUUUCCCAUGUCUUGGAAAACAGGAUGGGGUGGCAGCAUUUGAAGUGAAUGUGAUUGUUAUGAAUUCUGAAGGCAACACCAUUCUCCAGACACCUCAAAAUGCUAUCUUCUUUAAAACAUGUCAGCAAGCUGAGUGCCCAGGCGGGUGCCGAAAUGGAGGCUUUUGUAAUGAAAGACGUAUCUGCGAGUGUCCUGAUGGGUUCCACGGACCUCACUGUGAGAAAGCCCUUUGUACCCCACGGUGUAUGAAUGGUGGACUUUGUGUGACUCCUGGUUUCUGCAUCUGCCCACCUGGAUUCCAUGGAGUGAACUGUGACAAAGCAAAUUGCUCAACCACCUGCUUUAACGGAGGGACCUGUUUCUACCCUGGAAAAUGUAUUUGCCCUCCAGGACUAGAGGGAGAGCAAUGUGAAAUAAGCAAAUGCCCACAACCCUGUCGAAAUGGAGGUAAAUGCAUUGGUAAAAGCAAAUGUAAGUGUUCCAAAGGUUACCAGGGAGACCUCUGUUCAAAGCCUGUCUGCGAGCCUGGCUGUGGUGCACAUGGAACCUGCCAUGAACCCAACAAAUGCCAGUGUCAAGAAGGUUGGCAUGGAAGACACUGCAAUAAAAGGUAUGGAGCCAGCCUCAUACAUGCCCUGAGGCCAGCAGGCGCCCAGCUCAGGCAGCACACGCCUUCACUUAAAAAGGCCGAGGAGCGGCGGGAUCCACCUGAAUCCAAUUACAUCUGGUGAACUCCGACAUCUGAAACGUUUUAAGUUACACCAAGUUCAUAGCCUUUGUUAACCUUUCAUGUGUUGAAUGUUCAAAUAAUGUUCAUUACACUUAAGAAUACUGGCCUGAAUUUUAUUAGCUUCAUUAUAAAUCACUGAGCUGAUAUUUACUCUUCCUUUUAAGUUUUCUAAGUACAUCUGUAGCAUGAUGGUAUAGAUUUUCUUGUUUCAGUGCUUUGGGACAGAUUUUAUAUUAUGUCAUUUGAUCAGGUUAAGAUUUUCAGUGUGUAGUUGGCAGAUAUUUUCAAAAUCACAAUGCAUUUAUGGUGUCUGGGGGCAGGGGAACAUUCGAAAGGUUAAAUUGGGCAAAAAUGUGUAAGUCACAAGAAUUUGGAUGGAGCCAUUAAUAAUGUUGAAGUUACAGCAUUUCAGAUUUUAUUGUCAGAUAUUUAGAUGUUUGUCACAUUUUUUAAAAAUCGCUCUUAACUUUUAAACUCUCAAUACAGUAUAUUUUGACCUUACCAUUAUUCCAGAGAUUCAGUAUUAAAAAAAAAAAAAAAUUACACUGUGGUAGUGGCAUUUAAACAAUAUAAUAUAUUCUAAACACAAUGAAAUAGGGAAUAUAAUGUAUGAACUUUUUGCAUUGGCUUGAAGCAAUAUAAUAUAUUGUAAACAAAACACAGCUCUUACAUAAUAAACAUUUUAUACUGUUUGUAUGUAUAAAAUAAAGGUGCUGCUUUAGUUUUCU